AAUGUGGGAAGAGUUUCAGGAAGAGCUCCCAUCUGCUCCGACACCAGCACAUCCACACAGGGAAAUGGCCGUACAUGUGUAGGGAGUGUGGGAAGAGCUUCAGAGACAGCUCUGAUCUCCUCAGCCACCAGCGCAUCCACACUGGAGAACGGCCCUACACGUGCGGGGAAUGUGGGAAGAGCUUCAGUGACAGCUCCAACCUCCGCACCCACCAGCACAUCCACACUGGGGAACGGCCCUACACAUGUGGGGAAUGUGGGAAGAGCUUUAACCAGAGCUCCACUCUCCGUUCCCACCAGCGCAUCCACACCGGGGAACGACCCUACAAGUGCUUGGAAUGUGGGAAGAGGUUUAGCACCAGCUCCAAUCUCCACACGCACGAGCGGACGCACACGGAUGAGAGGCCCUUCCGCUGCACCGACUGCGGGAAGGGCUUCAACCGGAACUGCACCCUCAUCAGGCACCGGCGCAUCCACACCGGGGAGAGGCCCUACAAGUGUGGGGAGUGUGGGAAGAGCUUUGCCCAGAGCUCUACCUUGACCUCACACCAACAGACCCACCGGUAAGGGAAGCCCUACCAGUGCCAAUAUAUUGUGUGAGUGCAGGGCUAGAGGCGUGUGGGAUUGUGUGGACACAGAGAAAGAACUAACAUUCAGAAACAUAUCUGCUUCCCUGUCUCAAUUAAUAAACCCCAGAGUUUGACACAUUAAUAAUAUCCAUAGCAAUUGUGAUUUGACAAUAUAUUGUGACCUGCAUAUGCACAUAUGAGCAAAGGGACAUUCGAAAUAGGUGUUGUAGUUUCUGCAGUUCUUGUGUUAUGGGUUAGGGUAGAGAGGAUUUGAGCUAAAAAUUGUCUGAACAUUUUGAGAGUGCAGAGACAUCUGUCUGACCAUCACUAGAUGUGCUUUGAUUUUAAGGCAGAGCACGUUAAAGAAUGCAAUAACUUAACGCCAGCUGCAGUCUUGAAUUUUUGCUUUUUCAGCAAUAACAAUAGCAUUAAUAAUUACUAAUAGUUAAUGAGCUAACAUGCAAUAAAUGUAUCUGCUCAUUUUGACAGAUGUGUGUCGCUGGAACAGAGAGAUUUCUCUGAACAUUUUUUUCUGCACUCUGUAUGCCUUUCUUGCCAUGGAAGUGACAAGCUGUAUUGUUUAUACUUAUAGACUGUGUGAAAAUAUGUGAUAUUUAUACUUGUUAGCUGCAUGUCUAAUUAUAAGGUUUGAGAACGUAAUAUGUUUAUAGUAAGAAAGCCUUGAGAAACUGGAGAUAAUGAAACACCUGCAGAUUUAGGAAAACCCCUAAAAGCAUAUUAAUUAGAAAGAGCUUUUUAUGCCAAGGAUGAUUUCAGGUCGCAUGGACAGAGCCUCAGAUCCAAUAAACUGAGAGCAUGAGACGCGUGCACAGACUGAGCUAUCCAAUCACCUUGAUGUGAGCAUGUACCCUGAGCAAACUAAACUGUAUAAAAGUUAACUGAUUUAAAUAAUAAAUUGGACAUUGCUUUGAUCA